AUCCCCACAGUCUGGAUGUUCUCUCAGGACAAAUAGGUAGAUCGCAUAUUAAUUUCCAUAACCACGUGACGUUCCGUCCCGUCCUCUCCUUUACCUUCACCAGUGGUUCAAUCACCGCUCGGAAAAACCGCCUGCAAACUCUGCCAUUAUAUCCCGAAUCACGAGGUCUCCAAGAUAACAUCACCGCAAAACCCUCAUUCCAUUUCCAGCCCUCAAUUUGAAAUUUGAAUUCGGAACAGCUACAACGAUCUUCAUUACAAGAAAACACAAAAUCAGCGCGGUAAGCCUAAGGAAGUGACCGGAUCCCAGUUACUCCGCUUCCCAAAGCUCGCCUCCUCGCCUUCUCCUCCUCUCCAGUAUUACUUCACCUCACCUCCUCUGGGUCUUUGCCUCUUCCAUUUCCGCCUGAAGGGAAAAAUCUCGCCCGAAACCCAAACCCUAAGCCUAAUGGCACGGAGGGCUCGGAGAGGAGGAGAAUCUUCGAGCGGUGGGAGGACCUCCAGCGGGGGCUUCGGCGCUGGGGCCAAAGUUGAGGUGCGCAGCGAUGACGAGGGAUUCCGCGGCGCAUGGUACGAGGCCACCAUCGUCCGAUCCCUCAAACGCCGCCGCUACUCCGUCGAGUACGUCUCUCUCGUUUCCGAUGCGGAUCCUUCCGAACCCCUCCAUGAGAUUGUCCGCCGCUCCCACGUCCGCCCCCCGCCUCCUCCGCCACCCUCCCCCGCCGAUUACCAGGUAUACCAGCGUGUCGAGGCUUUUCACAAUGAUGGGUGGUGGGCAGGGGUGGUGUCCAGGCUUCACGGCGAGGAUUCUGGGAGGUUUACUGUGUCCUUCCCCAACACAAGAGAGGUGAUGGACUUCCCGCCGUCGGAUAUCCGGCCGCUGCUGGAAUGGGUCCGUGGACGAUGGAUCGUCGCUCGAGACCAGGACGUGGCUGAGCCACUGUUCAGUGUGGGAGCACAGGUCGAGGUUAGCCGGGAAAGAGAGAACUAUGGGACUUGGUUUGCUGCUACGAUUGGACGUGUGGUCAGCAAGUCCAUAUUUUUGGUGGAUUACAAGACCCUGAGAGAUGUCACUGACAGAGAGUUGUCAAUGGAGAUUGUUGAUGCUCAAUACAUUAGGCCUGCACCUCCCCUUGCAUCAGAAGAUGAGAAUUUCAGCUUACAUGAUGUUGUUGAGGUGCUUUACCAUGGCGGUUGGUUGCUAGGAGUUGUUUCUCAGAUUCCUAAUGGGUCAAAGUACAUUGUCAGGUUGAGGCACUAUGAUGAGGAGAUGGAGUUUAAUCAUUCUGAAAUGAGAUCCUGCCAGGUAUGGGAGGAUGGGCAGUGGAUCAGCUAUUCCUCCCAGGACAAGAAUAGAAAAUCACCAAUGCUCAGUGGAGCCAGGUCUGCUGGACCUCGAAGGCAAUCUCAUGCUGGCAAAAGAUCUAGUCUUCCUAUUUCAGUAACAACAUCAAGUGAUGAUGAUGAUGGUGUCCCAUGUGUUCCUCUUUCUGGUGUUCUGCAUUGGAAGCGUAAGAAGACUGAAGGAUUGGACACUGAAGGUCAGAUGAGCUCAUCUCAACCUUGCAGAAAAGUAAAGCAAGGAAAGUUAUUUGAUUAUAAGUUACACUCACAAGAUCGUUUUUCUUCAAAAACUCCAUUGGGGGUGGAGGUGGAAACCCAAGUUGCUAAGCCAUUGCUAGAAGAUAGCCUCUCUUCAUUGGAUGUGCGGCAUCGUCUUGAAAGCACCUCUCCUGAGAAGACUGCAAUAAAAUUACUACAAAAUCCCUUAUCAAUGGAGCUAAAUUAUGGGCAAAACAUGACUGAGAUGAAUGGUGUAACUAAAUUAUUAACCGGGAGGAAUGAGCCUUCUGAAUUUAUGUACAAGGGAUCUGAACAUCAAUCAAAAGAAUCUGGCUUCAACCAUUCUCCGGUUGAUGAUGACGCCAGCGAGUUCCUCCCGAUUACAGAAUGGGGAAGUUGUAAAGGUUCCCGUGGUCCUAGAGUGGGAUCUAUGAAGCGAAUAAAGAAGCUUGCUGUUCGGGCCCCACAUCGACAGAAAAAGUCCCCUGAAAUUAGCAUGAAACAAUUGUCAGAGGAGGAGAUGAGGACAAGGAAGAGAGGCAGGCCUGCAAAGAGAAGCAUAGAAUCGCAACAAGCAGAAGAUUUGCCUGAGGAAGUUGCUGAAGAAGAACCUGGGAGGCAAGAAGUUGAGCAAUCAAAUCAAGGUCAGUCUGGUGAUGCAUCUGUUGAAAGUCAAGCACAUGGUCAUCAUGAUGAAGCAACAGGGCACAAAGAUCCCCCACUUCUUGUGAAUAUGCAGGAUUCUCCAACUAGUAAUGCUGUCAGCAUCUGUCAAACUGAUCAACAUAUUGAUGUAUUGGAAGACAGACAGACUAUGCCUCAGAUAAAAUUAUUAACUCAAGUUGAUAUACCAAUCAACGUUUCCACAACACAACAAUCGUCAUUCAUGUUAGCAAGCUCAUUCUGCGCUAGGCUUGAUGAAAUCUCAACUUUUGAUUCUCAUCAUAAGGAGGCAGCAAUUGGCGCUGAAGAGGGAGUUCUUGUAUCUGUUUCCAAGAAAGAUGAUGCUGCUUCAUGUGAAGCUCUUAAUCCCAGUGAGUCACCAUCAAAUAGAACUUCUGAUGAGAACAGGGAGGCUUUGUUUGAUCCAUCAUCCAGUCGUUCAUCUUCGAAAGAGGUAAUAUUGCCAUUUGUGAAGAGUUCUUUUAUGUGGGAAUCAAUCGAAGCGAUGGAUAUAUUCCAUAUAAUGCCGCAACAACCACAUUUCCGCCCAUUGGAGCAGUACUCUAUGGAGUUUCGAGAAGGAAUGGCCAUAGGUCUGAUGGUAUCAUUUGCAAACCUAGCAGCUAACAUUCACAAAUUAAACAUUGCUGAUAACAUAUCCAUUUUUGAAGAAAGGUUGAAGGCUCUUGGCCCCUUGGAAGCGAAUGGUUUUGAUGUUGGACGUCUACGUGCCUGCCUAGAGGAGUUGCUGGAGAUGCAAAGUAGUCAAAGGCAAUCUGAGAGUAAAAAAGCAGAAUUGGAAAGAAAGAUUGUAGAGAGAAAAGGUGAUAAUGACAGGCUUGGUGCAUUAGCUGUUCAAUUAGAUAAAGCUAUCAUGGAAGUGGAGCAAAAUCUAACCCGUUUCCGGGAGAGCAGAGAGGUGGUCAUAAUGCAAAUGAAAGUUAAUGAUGCCGAGAUAUCAAAAUUACAAAAGGAUGUGCAGGAAGCUGAGGAAGCAUAUCGUUCGGUAGAACGUCAUUUCAAUACUACAGUAGUUGCUCCAUGGUGAAGGUAACUCGAACACAUCAACCAAGGGUUUCCUACUUUUGUGUAAAUAUGAUGUUCAGAUUGGAAGCUCUUCGUUUCGUUAUCUUCACUUCUCGAUGUCUCGUGAUACAUCUCAAGUUCCAUUUAAAUGGUUUUUUUUGGUCAAGUGAACUACCGUCGUCUUAGUUAGGUAUAUCUGAAAGGUUCCUACAAUGUAACAGAAAUCUGAAGGCAGUUCAGAUUGGAUGCUCCGUUCUUAAACCUCUAUUUUAUUUGGUAUCUCUGUUGUGGGAAACCUAUUGCCGAAAAAAGGUUUUUUGGUAAUUAAAAAGUUUGUUUUUUGAGUUC